GCCCGCCUCGCGCCCGUCUGCUCCUCCCGCCCCCUCUCCUCUUCCUCCCGCGUCCUGCCUCACCUCUCUCUCUCUCUCUCUCCCUCCAAACCCUAACCCGCCGCUGUCCAGGUCCAGCCCCACGCCGCCGUCGUCUUCUUUGCCCAGCCGGCCGCUGCCGCACCGCAUGCUCGUGUGCAGGGGCGAGAAGGGGAACCACCGCCCGCCUCCGGAGCGCGAGAGGUGAGGCAGCGCCCGGAUCCACGGCGGCAUCGACGCGCCGUCGUCGACCUGAGCCGCCAUGGUCUCACCCUGCUGUGCUCCUUCCCCUCCACGGCUCCUAGCUCGGCUUCUCUCUUCUCCACGGACGGACCUCCCUCACCAGGCAACAACAAGCCAUCUCAAGAGAGUGGAUUCUCAAGUCACCCCAUCUCAAGGGGCAAGGUGGCGUCGGUUGAGGUCCCAUCAAAUUCGGUCACUACGCCGAAUCUGCUGCAGUGGUCGUCGAUCUGCUGUUAUGGUCGUUGAUUUACAGAUUCGUCCAGUGUUGUUG